AUGAGCAAAGCACAUCAACCCGAGUUGAAAAAAUACCUUGACAAGCGUCUAAGACUGAAGCUUAAUGCAAAUCGUGAAGUUGUCGGUAUUCUGCGUGGUUUUGAUGCUUUCAUGAAUAUUGUUGUUAGUGAUGCGUAUGAAGUCACUAAAGAUGGCAAUCAGAUCAAGAUUGAUAUGGCCGUUGUCCGUGGCAACAGCAUUAAUAUCGUGGAAGGCGUAGAUCGUAUCUAA